AUAUGCUCCUUUUCAACUCUAAUCAGUCCAUCUUUUAUCAUAUACCUACUGCCAUCAUUUGCCAUGAAUUGUAACAACCAUUUAUUUCUCACUGUAAAUCCUCUCAUUCUUGUAAUUGAGUGGCUGGUCCAAGCUGUUGUCAACUUCACAUUGCAUAUCAGUACCAACACCAUCACAUGACGUGUUUCUCGACCUUUGCUAGCACAAGCUAGCCGUCUGUUUGAAGCUGAUAGUGUCAAUAACAGCACAGGGCUUCCAUAUGAAUGACAACUUCAAAGGCAGAUGUGGGGCCGAUCCAUAUAGAGAGGGUGGAUCGAAGGGAGAGAGGAAGGCAAGGCCAUGUGUUCCUGGACAAGGUGGGCUCUUCUUCUACCCAACCUCAACUCAUACUGACCACACUCAUCACACUCUCCAUCUGAAAGUAUGCAAAACAUAAGCAAUUCCUUCUCUAUAAAUACAUAGAAAACUGAAUCCCCUUUCAACUCCAAGCUUUCUUCCGCAUUCAACUUGACCUUUCAUCUACAUAAAGCUUAUUAGAUUCAUUUGAGAUCAUUUCCAAGUUACAUUUCAAAGAAUAUCAUGGGUAUCCGUUUGCCCUCCAUGGUUCAGGCCAAGCAGAUUCUAAAACUUCAGUCCCUUCUUUCCAGAAAUCGGACAGAGGUCCCAAAAGGUCAUUUUGCAGUUUAUGUUGGAGAAGUUCAGAAGAAACGUUAUGUGGUUCCACUUUCGUACUUGAACCAUCCCUCAUUCAGAUCCUUGCUACAUCAGGCUGAGGAAGAAUUCGGCUUCACUCAUCCAAUGGGUGGUCUCACAAUUCCAUGCCACAAAAAUGCUUUCAUUGAUCUAACUUCUCAACUAAAUGCAUCAUGAGAGGAGCAAAGGGUUAGCAAAAUCGCCGGCCUCCUUAGCUUACUUUCUCCAAUUUUGAUCCAUGUAGAUUAUAUGGUUGAUGUACAUAAACUGACAGAGCAAUCUUCUCCUAUCUCUUCCAAACUGUAGAAACUCGAGUAGAUCUAUUGUUCAAUGUGACAAUUAUAUAAACACUAGAAUUCAACUAGAUCUUCUAAGUGUUCAGGUCUCUCAUAAAAUAUUUCAUAAAAGAACUUUAUCACCUUCUGAGUAUAACUGAAAAAAAAAGAAAAAAAAAAUUGAGUGUACAGUGUCGGUCCACUUCUGUAUGAAUAUUCCAUGCAUGUAUGCUGCUCCUUGUAAAAUAACAAAACCAGUUCUAAUGUCCUUGAGAUGAAUUGUAACCUUUGAAGCUUCAUCAUGGCCCCUGACAAGAAAAAACAGUCACAGAAAAUAUUUACUGCAUUUCUAGACAUUAUGAACCAA